AUGGAUAAAUAUGAAAAAAUCAAAAAAAUUGGUGAAGGAUCUUAUGGUCAAGUUUUUAAAUGUCGCAAUAAAGAAACAGGUGAAACAGUGGCAAUAAAAAAAUUCAUCGAAUCUGACGAUGAUCCGGCUAUAAAACGCAUUGCUAUGCGAGAAAUUCGCAUGUUAAAACAUUUAAAACAUGAAAACCUGGUGAAUCUCAUUGAAGUAUUCAAAACAAAACGAAAGCAUAAACUUCAUUUGGUAUUUGAAUAUUGUGAUCGAACUGUUCUUGAUGAACUUGAAUCACAUCGGAAUGGUGUACCAGAAAUUAUGAUUAAAAAGAUAACAUAUCAAGUACUAAAUGCUGUUGAUUUUUGUCAUCGACAUAAUUGCAUUCAUCGUGGUAAGAUUUAUUAA